GCGAAAUGUUAUUUGUUGGGUAAGCCUGCCGAUCUCACCACAAGUUCCAGAUACGAUGCACACACCUAACCACCACCCAACGUAUGUUGGCAGUAUCACAAUACGAUAUCCAAUGUUGGGCUUAUCUGGACCUUCAGUUCACGUGUUGGUACUGUCCACAUCGGCCGCCACUGAGUCUCGGACUCCAAGUCUCGUCGAUUCAUCGUCUAGAUAUAUCUCGAGACUUGCCGAAAUUGAAAGAUGGCAAAGACCAGGAUAUCGGAACUUGCGGCAAUUAUAUCCACUAAGACUGAAAUCAUUGAGCAGUACCUUCGAUCCCAUAACCUUGCCUCGCCAUCCUUUGAUGUCGACUAUGUUGACCCUCAACUCCCUCCGGAUAUUGCAGUCUGCAAGGUUACUAUUUCAGAGGCAACUGAAGAAUUGAAUAGUCUCCUAGCAGGUCCAAGUGCUUUCUGGACCACACUAGAUACAACGUUCCUGCCAACCAUCCACGCAAUCUACCGAUUCAAACUCGCUUCAAGCUUCCCAAUCGGCGGUGAAGCGUCCUUCGCCUUCAUUGCAUCUGCAGUUGAUAUACCUGAGCCUGACGUUCAACGAAUUAUUCGCUUGGCAAUCACCCAUCGAAUAUUCCGCGAGCCGCGUAGAGGAAUCGUCACCCACACAGCUAUAUCCAAGGCAAUUGCCACGAUACCUCUUUUACAAUCAUUCCUCGGACUGGUUACAGAGGAGAUUUGGCCCGCCAGCACACGUAUCGUCGAUGCUAUUGAAAAAUGGCCGAAUUCCGAGGAGCCGAAUGAGACGGGAUAUAAUCUUGCUACCAACCAAUACGAGACAUAUUUCAAUGGCAUGAAGAAAGACCCCGAUCGUGGGAAACGUUUUGCGGAUGUCAUGAACUUCACACAUGCUGGAGGCAAGUUUGAGAGAGCCGGCUUGAUUGCACACUAUGAUUGGGCGUGUAUGAGUGAAGGUUUGGUGGUCGAGCUCGGAGGUUCUCAGGGCAUGAUGUGUUUUGAUCUGGCAAGAUACUCUCCGAAAAUGAAGUGUAUUUCUCAAGAUCUCCCUGAUGUUGUUGCCGGGGUUGAAGUUCCCGAAGAUCUCAAGGGGCGGGUGGAGGUUGUGGCGCACGACUUUUUCACGGAGCAGCCUGUCAAGAACGCAGACGCAUAUUUGUUCCGGUGGAUCUUCCACGAUUGGUCUGAUAAAUACAGUAUUCGAAUUCUUCGAAAACUCAUUCCGGCUCUUAAGCAUGGGGCCAGAAUCGUGACUGGCAAAGUUUGUUUACCGGAACCUGGAUCCAUUUCGUAUUCCAUUGAAAGGCGAAUGAGAGCGACCGACAUGGUCAUGAAAGCGUGUCUGAAUGGGAGAGAGCGAGACGUAGAUCAGUGGGCCCAAUUGUUUACCAAGAGCGAUUCGAGGUUUAAUUUCAAAGGGGUCAUAAGGAUUCCGGGCUCUAGAUGGUCGGUUAUUGAAGUUAUUUGGGAGGACGUUUCUGUUUAA